AUGGUAUCAGAAGAUGUAAAGUUAUUGGAGCUUAUAUUUGACGGUAGCAUCAAACCAACAGAUCUGAAGUUUUCAGCUUUAGAGAGCAUCACCCAAAAUUUCGCGGAAGAGCGAAUAAUUGGCGAGGGUGGAUUUGCAACCGUUUACAAGGGCAUCCUCCGAAAUGGAGAAGUUGCUGUGAAGAGGAUAAACAACAAGCAUACAAUAAAUGAGAAGCUAUUUCAUCGGGAGGUUAACAGCCUAUUGAAUGUCAGCCAUACGAAUAUAGUUCGGUUUCUUGGCUUCUGUUCUCAUACGAAUCAUAAAGCAUUCGAUCCUGAAGGAUUAGGAGAGUACAUUUUGGCCGAGUAUAGAGAAAGAAUACUCUGUUUUGAGUAUAUCAACAACGGUAGUCUUAGAAAGUAUAUUGCAGAUGAAUUAAGAGGGCUUCCAUGGGACACUCGGGUUUUAGUAAUAAAGGGAAUAUGUGAGGGCCUGCAGUAUCUUCAUGUAAAAAAGCAUAUUAUUCAUAGGGAUCUGAAACCAGAGAACAUACUAAUAGAUAUCAGUAUGGUUGCAAAAAUAACUGAUUUUGGUUUAUCAAGGAUGGAGAAAAACGCACAAACCAAAAGUAAAACCCGCAUGGCAUCAUUAGGAUACACCGCUCCAGAAUACAUAGAAAAGGGCGAAAUGUCAUUCAAGUAUGAUGUGUAUAGCUUGGGCAUCAUAAUAAUCGAACUGGUGACAGGAAGUAGGAACAUUCCUGAUAGUAAUACUGUACUCAGAAGAUGGAAGCACAGAUUGCGUAAAUCUGGGAAAGAAACACCAUUCGUAUACCAACAGAUAGCUAAACUCAUCGAGAUUGGGCUACUCUGCCAGGAAAAGGACCCCUAUAAGAGGCCUUCUAUAUCAGACAUAAGACUUGAUAUCAAUGAACUGGAAAGCACAGAUAAGCAAAUCAGCAAUGCGAACGAAUCUACGGCUGAGCAGCACCCAUAUAUGGAAAAAGAGCAUAUGAUAGUAUCUAGUUUCCACCUUAAUGAAAACAUAUCUUUUGAGGAUUGUAGGAGAAGUAAACAUCUUGUUGCCUCAAUGCAUCUUGAUUUGUUCUUACAGAUAAGUCCCUACUUGGAGGAUGACAUGCUUGGGAUUGAGCCGCUCGAGCUAUGCUUUCCUUUUGAGGUCAACGUCAACAACCAGAUAUCAUCCUCAAUUGAGCUAACCAACAAGACAAAUGCUUUUAUUGCCUUCAUCAUACAAACGACGAGCCCCCUACAAUACUUUAUACAACCAAAGAAAGACAUUGUGGCUCCACGAUCGAAGUAUAGUGUCAACAUAACAUUGCAAUCAUUAGACAAGGCACCACAAGAUAGGGGGUGCAUUGGCGAUUUCAUCGUGCGGAGUACCAAAGUGAAUGAGAGUCUUAUAAGUGAGGAUAUAACUGACGAUACAUUCAGAAGAGAGGAGGGUAAAUUGGUUGACGAGGUAAAUCUGACGAUUAAAUAUAAGGCCGAGGUACCCCAAGUGGAUGUGCGACCAACAGAGGCAGAAUCCAAGAUAAGUGCAUCUACGUCAGAUGAAGUAAUCCGGUUUGAUCCCCCCGAACUAUGCUUUCCCAUCGUGCCAGACAGAACUGUUUUGUCCUCGAUUAAAAUAAUCAACACUACAGAAUCCUAUGUUAGUUUCUCCAUAUGUUAUCUCCCAGGAGAAAAACCCGCCGGACUUUACCACUUCAACAAAUCCGAAUCAGUCCUGCCACCACGGUCCACAGAAUGCCUCGCAGUAAGAAGAUAUGAAAAGGAAGGUGCAGUAGAAAACAUGGAGCUCAAUGAGGAAUUCAAUGUCGGUUACGCCAUUGUGGCCGAAGGUAUCAAAGCCUGCGACCUUGAUGCUAAUGAUUACACUCAGUGGAAGAAGUUGCACAUCGUUGGAAAGAAGAUAAACUCUUGUACCUCAAACGAGCUGAUCCAGUUUGAACCACCUGAGCUAAGUUUCCCUUGCCUGAACAAGACUUCACUCUCCUGGGUUAAUAUAGUGAAUAAUACAGAUUGCCACAUUGGCUACAGUACAUGGAAAUAUAAAACCAAUGUUGCGUCCUACGCCAUAGAACAAAAAAGAGGAAUUCUGCCACCACGGUCCACUCAAAGAAUGGUUGUACAAAGGGUACCCAAGGAAAAGAAAGAAGAAGAAGAAUCAGAAUCAUCAUCGGAAGAAGUUUUUGUGUGGAACAUGAUUGUGUCAGAAGGUGUUGAAGCUAGCAGCCUCACUGAUUACUACAGGAAGGGAGAAAGUAAGGAGUUGCCCUUAGUUUUCAGCCGGAAGAUCAUAAACCCGUGGACCUCAGACGAGCUGAUCCGAUUGGACCAUCCUGAGCUCCGCUUCACCUUUUCGCAAAACAAGACAGCGUUGUCAUCAAUUAACAUGGUCAACGUUACAGAUUAUUAUGUUGGUUUUCGUCUAUUUAAUGGUGAUACAAAUGCGCUUUACUAUGAACCAAAUCCUGAAUUAGGAGUUUUGGCACCACGGUCGGCUCAAAGAGUACUCGUAUCAAGGCCGAUAGAUCAAAAGGAACCAGAAGAAGAUAUGCAGUACAACGAUGAGUUCUUUAUGUGGAAUGCCAUUGUCUCUGAAGGUGUCAGGGCCAGCGACCUCGAUUGCUACAUGUGUAAGGAGGAGGAACAGAGUAACGAGUUGCCCAUAAUUCUUAAUAAGGUAACGUCAUCUACCUCAGUUGAGCUGAUCAAGCUUGAACCCCCUGAAGUCUGCUUCACCCUCUUGCCGAGCAAACAUCUGUUAUCUUCAAUUAUGAUAGUCAACAUUACAGAUUAUCACAUUGGUUUCAAUACAGCUGCGGAGGAAACAACUGUGGCAUCGUACAUCACGGAGCCAAAAUGUGGAGUCCUGCGACCAUGGUCAACACAAGAACUGGUGGUAUCGAGGGUAUCCAAGGAUGAGACACCCGAACUAGUAGACAUGCAGUGCGCAGAUAAAUACUUUGUGUGGAGCGGCUUUGUGACUGAAGAUGUCAACGCAAACGAUCUCAUAACAUGGAUGCCCAUAACCGAGAGAAAGGAGUUUCCCAUAGUUUUCGCAAAGGAAAGUUCAAAUGAGUUGAUUCAGUUUGAUCCUCCCGAGCUGUGCCUUCCCCUGUUGCUAAACCAGAGAGUGUUGUCCUCAGCUAAGAUAGUCAAUAUUACGGAUCAGUAUAUUGGCUUCAGAAUAUGCACCAAGAAAAGCAACUCAGCAAGGUACUAUGCAAAUCCAUCGGAAGGAAUUUUGCCACCACUAUCCACACAACUACUCUUGGUAACAAGGAUAGCAGAGGAAAAGGAACUAGAAGACACUCGGUGCACAGACAAGUUUUUGGUGUGGAACGUCAUUGUGACUGAAGAUUUCAAGGCCAGUAAUGUUAUUGAUAACAUGUCUGAGACAAAGUGUACGGAGCUUCCCAUUGUCCUUACAAAGACAAGUUCAUCUACCUCAGAACAGCUGAUCCAGUUGGAUCCACCGGAACUUCACUUGCCAUUUUUGCCAAACAAGAAGGUAUUGUCCUCAAUUAAGAUAGAGAACCUUACAGAUUACAAUGUUGGCUUCAAUACAUAUAGCAGGCCAACAAAUGCGGCAUGGUACCACACCGAGCCACCGAGAGGAAUCCUGCCACCACGGUCCACACGAAAACUUAUGGUAACAAGGGAGGAGAAGGAAGAUGCAUUAGAAGAUCAGCAUUUCAAUGACAUGUACUUUGUGUGGAAAAGCAUUGUAUCUGAAGGAGUCAAAGACAGCGAUCUUAGUGAUUACAUGGCUGACCAAGAGAGCCUGGAGCUGCCCAUUAUUCUUGACAAGGCAAACUUGGACCUCUUAUCUUAUGGGUACGUCAUGGCUGGCGUCACCGCUCCUUAG